GUUUCCUGACAGCUGCACAACAACAUGAGAAACUAAACAGAUUUCCUGUAUUUGCUUCAUUCCUUUGAUUUUUGUCAAAUAUUCUGUCUGUCUCCGGGUCUCUCUCCGGGUCUGUCUCCGGGUCUCUUCAUGCGCGCUCCCGGGUGUGUGGCGCUGUUGGUCUGGCUGCUUAACGAUGCGGCGGCUCGUCAGUUCACUGAGGAGGAGAUGGCUGGUAUCAGACAGCGCAUCAAGUCCAUGUUCUACCACGCUUACAACAGUUACCUCGACAACGCCUUCCCCUACGACGAGCUCCGCCCACUCACCUGUGACGGACAAGACACCUGGGGCAGUUUCUCACUCACUCUGAUUGAUGCUCUUGACACUCUACUGGUUUUGGGAAACCAUACAGAGUUUAAGCGAGUGGCGUCGCUCCUCCAAGACACCGUGGACUUCGACAUUGACGUCAACGCGUCAGUGUUUGAAACCAACAUCAGAGUGGUGGGUGGUCUGCUGUCAGCCCACCUGUUGGCAGGGAGAGCGGGGAUGGAGCUGGAACCUGGUUGGCCCUGUUCAGGACCGCUGCUGAGGAUGGCUGAGGAUGCCGCCAGGAAGCUGCUGCCUGCGUUUCAGACUCCCACCGGCAUGCCAUACGGUACUGUCAACCUGCUGCACGGCGUCAGCCCCACCGAGACCCCCGUCACCUGCACUGCCGGCGUGGGAACCUUCAUCCUGGAGUUUGCCACGCUGAGUCGACUAACUGGAGACACAAUAUUCGAGAACGUAGCCCGCCGAGCCCUGAGGGCGCUGUGGAAGACCCGAUCUGACAUUGGACUGGUGGGGAACCACAUUGACAUCGUGUCCAAGAAGUGGGUGGCUCAGGACGCCGGCAUCGGAGCAGGAGUCGACUCUUACUUUGAGUAUCUGGUGAAAGGAGCCAUCAUGCUGCAGGAUGAGGAGCUGCUCAACAUGUUCCUGGAGUAUGAUCGAGCCAUUCAGAACUACACUCGGUUUGAUGAUUGGUACUUGUGGGUGCAGAUGCAUAAAGGAACCGUCUCCAUGCCGGUCUUCCAGUCUCUGGAGGCCUUCUGGCCCGGCCUGCAGUCUUUGUUGGGGAACCUGGACAGUGCCGUGAGAACUUUCCAGAACUAUUACUCAGUGUGGAGACAGUUUGGAGGUCUGCCUGAGUUUUACAGCAUCCCUCAGGGUUACACUGUGGACAAGAGAGAGGGAUACCCACUGAGACCAGAGUUAAUAGAGAGCGCCAUGUACCUGUUCAGAGCGACAGGUGACCACAUCUACCUGCAGCUGGGCCUCGACGCUCUGGAGUCCAUAGAGAAGAUCGCCAAGACGCCCUGUGGAUAUGCCAGUGUGAAAGACCUGCGAGACCACCAGCUGGACAACAGGAUGGAGUCCUUCUUCCUCGCUGAAACCAUCAAGUACCUUUACCUGCUCUUUGACCCCACCCACUUCCUGCAUGGCGGGGGGACGGAGGGGGAUGGGUCUUGGGAGGAGGGCGGCGAGGGUGGUCAGUGUGUUUUAGGUGCGGGGGGGUUCAUCUUCAACACGGAGGCUCACCCUCUCGACCCGGCGGCGCUCUAUUGCUGCAGCCGCCAUGCUCAGGACCGACAGGACCUCAGAGACAUCCUGCUCAGCCUGUCACAGCCCACGCAAAAGUCCGACCACCAUUCAGCCCCGCCCACCAAAGAGACAGAAGGCCCUCCCCCUGGCCAAUCAGAGAGCAUCGCUCUGAAACCGGGUGAGAAGAAGACACCCCCCCUACUGUCCUGUCCUGUUCAGCCGUUCAGCGCUCGACUUUCCAUCCUGGGACAAGUUUUCAGCGAUAACACCUGAUCCUCUCCGUCCUGGUCCACGUUAAAUACUAACGUUUGAUAUCUGGGCUUCAGCAACUGAUUUGAUUGGUUGCUUUUUGAGCACCGGAGUGAUGGCGGCAGACACGUUUCCUUUCUCACUGUUUUUCUUGUCACUUUUUUGCUGUCACGUGAAAAAGAUGUCAGCUUUCAGUGAAGAGGAAUAUUUUACUGUCAGCCACCAGGACAUUUAGAAAUCUCAGCUGAAGAUUUCCAAACCUGUUCAAGUCCAGUUCAGGGGAAAUAAAAUCAUUCCUAAAUAUAUUCACCACCAUCCUUAAGAUGUUUCUGUUGUGAUGAAGGGAUUCAGGACCAGUGAGCCGAGAACUCGACUCUGUUGACUGCAUUGCUCUAAUUUAAAUUGAAGGUGAAAUAUAUUUUUAUUUAUUACAAAUGUUGUGGUGGCCGUCUGUUUUCAUUUGUCCUAUUCUUAUUGUGUAACUCUUCAUAGUGAAGACUGAAGAAAAAUCUGUGAAAAUAAAAUGUUUAAAGUAGAAAAAUCUACUUCAAACUCCAGCCCUGAAGUGC